UGCUGUAAUUAUAACCCUGAGAGUAAGUAUUAUACCACUGCUAAGAUUAAAAAUUUUAUAAAAGAAAUAGAAGAAAUCAAAGCUGAAAGUAUCCAAGGUAAUCAAACCAAGCAAUGGCCAGGGAGAGCAAAGCUGAGACAUAUAAAAGGCAUGAAAGUG